GCCUAAUCCAAGUCAUGAAGCUCCAAGCCCGAAACUCCCAUCGUGAGUCCUAACCACCGUUUGCCCUGCCCCCGCAAUCAGACGAGCCCCAAAACCCUCGCCGGCGACUCCUUCCGUCGCCGCAGCAGCCGCUGCCGGAGAUGGAUUUCCAGGUCGUCGUCCUCGCCGGAGGAACCUCCGAGAAGCUAUCGCCCCUCGCCUCCAGGGACGUCCCCAAAUCGCUCCUCCCCGUCGCCAACCGCCCCGUGCUUUCCUACGUGCUCGAUCUCCUCGAGGCCAGCGACCUCAAGGACCUCAUCGUGGUGGUGGAGGGGCAGGAGGCGGCGCGCCUCGUCGGAGCGUGGGUCUCUAGCGCCUACGUGGAUCGCCUACGCGUGGAGGUAGUUGCAGUCCCUGAGGACAUUGGAACUGCUGGUGCAUUACGAGCUAUUUCAAAGCGACUGACAGAAAAUGAUAUUUUGGUAAUUAGCGGUGACCUGGUGACUGAUGUAUUGCCUGGGGCUAUUGCUGCUACUCAUAGAAAAAAUGGUGCAGCUGUUACUGCUUUACUAUGUUCUGUUCCUGUUAGUGGUCCUUCUGAUGCUGCUUCUUCUGGAGGGAAAGAUAAAGCUAAAAAGCCAAAUCGUUUGAACAUAAUUGGGCUGGACAUGAAUAGGCAAUUCUUGUUGCAUAUUGUAUCAGAAACUGAUGUUGAAAAAGAUGUUCGAGUUCAUAAGAGAGUGAUCCGAGCUGUAGGUCAGAUGGAAAUUCGAAGCGACCUGAUGGAUGCACAUCUUUAUGCUUUUAAUAGGACAAUAUUACAGGAGGUACUGGAACAAAAGGAAGCAUACCGUAGCAUUAGACUCGAAGUCCUCCCUUAUUUAGUGAGGAGUCAAUUGAGAUCAGCACCAUCAGUUGGUAAUGGAACAACAGUUGAUGAAACUGGUAAUAGUGUCAUUCCAUCCAUUGGUAAUUUAGAGUGUUUGUCGCAGCAUCGUGUCACUGCACCAUCUGCUUUGAAGCAAGAUGUACUAUCAAAUUCAAAUGGUGGCACACAUAGGUGUUGCGCAUAUAUUGCCAGUAAAAGCAAAUACUGUCAUCGUUUGAACUCAAUUCAGUCAUACUGUGAUAUUAAUCGAGAUGUUGUGGGGGAAGCUAGUCACCUGUCUGGUUAUUCCUUCUCUGCACAAAACAACAUCAUCCACCCAUCUUCUGUACUUGGAUCAAAGACUACAAUUGGGCCACAUUGCAUGCUUGCUGAGGGUUCACAGCUAGGUGACAAGUGUAGUGUCAAGCGAUCUGUGAUUGGUCGUCAUUGCCGAAUCGGUUCCAAUGUAAAGAUUGUCAACUCUGUUGUGAUGAACCACGUGGUUAUUGAAGAUGGCUGCCACAUCCAAGGUUCUGUCGUAUGCAAUAACGUUCAACUCCAGGAGCGUGCUGUAUUGAAAGACUGCCAGGUUGGAGCUGGUUAUACCGUGACUGCUGGCAGCGAGCACAAAGCAGAAUCUCUAGCAAGAAAGUAGAGCCAGCGAAUUUUGAUAGUUUUGGUGUAUCUUGAACGAUUUUUUGUGCAUUUCAGAUGCACCUUUCUGAGAAGAAAAGGAUAACAGUUUUGUGUCGAGUUAGAGAAUAUCACUUGAGAUCCAACACCAUAAAUUUGAUUCCAGUGUAAUAUUCCUAAAAGUUUUUAUGUGCUUCUCUAUUCUGACAGGCCGAGAUUGAGCUGAUGUUAGCCACGCAGUUACGGCGUGUAGUCUCUAUGUAAUGUAGGAAAAGAGGUGCCCAAAAAUGCAUUAUAUUCAUCUCACAGUCCACAACAAACAUUUUUUUUAUAUGAUUUUACUUCUCAGUA